GCAGUUUUUAGAUUUAUUGUAUUAAAUUUUUGAUAUGCUGUAAUAUUUUUUAUUGCCAAAAUAAUUUAUAAAAUAAAACGUGAGGUUAUCAUAUGCAAUGAUCAAAAGAUUAUUACGAUCAAAUAUAUACGUUACUUCACGACAAAAAUAUACUGAUAUUUUAUUAAGUUAAAGCUUUUUAAAAAUAAAUGUGGAAAUGUUAAUGUUUUAAAAAAUAUUUAUAUAUAUAAAUUGAGAACUGAACUGAAGAUAUUAUGUACAUAAACUUAAUUUUUCAAGCCUACCAGAUAAAGGAAAUGUCAAAACAUGUUAAACUUAAAUUUAAUUUGCAGAAUUUCAAUUUUUAAGUUGGUAAUUAAAAUCUGCAAUAAUGGAACAAGCAACUAAUCAAAUGUCAUUUAUGUGCUUAAAAGAAGAUAUUCAUUCCCACGAUAAAGGCACAAACCAUUCAGUUGUGGACAAGAAUUUGUUAGAAAAUAGCAAUCGUCAUUCUUUCAACUAUAUCAAAGUAUCAGCCACAAAAAAAGCUAAAAGAAUCAGAUUUUUCCGUAAUGGAGAUAAAUUUUACAGCGGUGUGGUUAUUGCUGUAACUCCAGAAAGGUAUAGAAGUUUUGAUAGCCUUAUUUCAGAUCUUACAAGGGCUUUGGUUUCAAAUGUAACAUUACCAAAUGGAGUUCGAGUUAUAUAUAAUAUGGAUGGAAAGAAAGUGCAAGAUAUAAAUGAGUUGGAAGACGGUAAAUGCUAUGUUGUAUCUGGUCAAGGUGAAGUCUUCAAAAAAGUGGAUUAUUCAUCGUCUUUGGUGAAGAGAGGAAGUUCAAUGUCUGGAAUACCAGCAUCUGGUGCAAUGAUGACAAAACAAAUUAAUAUUAUUCCUAUAUUUGUUAAAGCUAAAAUUAUUUCUUUAAUUCGGAAUGGAACCAAACCUAGAAAAAUUGUUCGGUUAUUAUUAAAUAAAAGAAAUUCACCAAGUAUAGAACAUGUUUUGGAAGCAAUAACAGAAGUGAUAAAGUUAGAUUCUGGAGCUGUAAGAAAAGUAUAUUCAUUAUCUGGUCAUCAAAUUACCCUUCUAGAACAGUUUUUUGGCGAAGAAAAUGUUUUUAUUAUUUAUGGAAUGGAAAAGCCUUGUUCAGAAGAUUUUGAACUUGAUAUUGAAGAAACAAAAUCUAUGCAAAGCUUUCGAAAAGGACAACUAAGCUUAAAAAAACAUAUUGGACCUAUGCCAAAAAUGCCAGCUCGUAAAAUGGAAAAAAGGUCUUUUUAUUCUUUGCAAACAAGAGCUCCAAGUCCAUCUGUAUUAAAUAUUCCAACAUCUUUAAAAUCAAACUAUAGUAUUGGGCAUAUUAUUGGAGAUGGAAAUUUUGCUGUAGUAAGGCAGUGUUCACACAAAACAAGUGGUACCUGCUACGCUUUAAAAAUCAUUGAUAAAUACAAGUGCCAAGGAAAAGAAGCUAUGUUAUUAAGAGAAGUAACCAUUUUAAGACAAGUAUCUCAUCCAAACAUUAUAAGUUUAAUAGAAGACCAGGAAACAAACGACCAUUUGUUUUUAGUAAUGGAGCUGAUGAAGGGAGGUGAUUUAUUUGAUGCGAUUGCUAGAGUAACUAAGUUUUCUGAACAUGACGCCAGUGUUAUGAUAAGUCAUUUGUGUUACGCACUUGCUUAUCUACAUUCUCAGCAAAUUGUUCAUAGGGAUGUUAAACCAGAAAAUUUAUUAGUUCAAAUACACAAUGAUAGAAUACGUUGUCUUAAACUUGGCGAUUUUGGACUUGCUCAAAUAGUUCAUGAGCCAUUAUAUACUAUUUGCGGUACUCCUACAUAUGUAGCACCAGAGAUUCUGGCUGAAAUAGGAUAUGGUUUAAAGAUCGACGUAUGGGCUGCUGGUGUCAUACUUUAUAUUUUGCUAUGUGGAUUUCCACCCUUUGUGGCGACUGAUAAUAAACAAGAAAAAUUAUUUGAACGUAUCCUUUGCGGGCAAUAUGAAUUUAGAUCUCCGUAUUGGGACAGAAUUUCGCAAGGCGCUAAAGAACUUAUUUCAAAUAUGUUGCAAACACAGCCAGAAUUACGGUUUAGUGCCGAAGAUGUCCUGGAUCAUCCAUGGCUAUCGGAUGCGAUCCAGUCUGCCGAAUACCAAAGCCUCUCAAGUAAUUGUAAUAACACGGGAGUAAAUAGCAUCAGUCGUUGAAAUAUGAAAUUCAAUACUCCAGGAUGACAUUUGAAUUGUACAGAAUUACACAAAAACAUUCAGCUAGUCUGAUAAUAUUUAUCUGUUACGUAAUGCUGAAUUCUAUUAUCUUAAAUUUUAAAUCAAUUGUAAAUAAUAGGUACAUUGUAAUUGUAAAUUUUAUAUGAAAUAAAUAUGCCUAAAACAUGGUUACUAUCGAAUACUAACGAAGAUGAAUAUUAAUAUUUAUAUUUUGAAUUACUAAUUUCUUGAAGUAUUAUAUGAUUCAAUGGAGCAGAAUAAAACAGACU